AUGUCGCAUCUCCAGCAACAGUUGAAGAGCUUCAACGCGGGCGUCGUUGACUAUGCGAAUCGAAUGCCCCAGCAGCGUCGGUUCGUACACAACGCAAAUACGGCGACCACCUCCGCCACCAGCUCGCAAGUGCCAUCGUCUACGUCUACCCCGACUCCCGGCAGUGAGGUCAAGCGGAAACGCCACGAUGCGGAUAUCGUGUACUCGCAGCCGGCCAACACCGGUACCGGCAAGGAUAUCAUGACCCAGGUCAUCUUCGCGAUCGAACAUAUGAAGUCGAAGGGUGUCCCGCUGAAGUUCUCCGACAUCGUCUCGUAUUUGUCGCUUCAGCACCGCGCCAAUGAUCAGGGCUAUGUGCAAGCGUUGCGGAGCAUCCUCCAGAUGCACGAGAAGGUCCAGUACGACCCCAGCGGCGCCAACGGCGAAGGAACCUUCGCCUUCCGCCCACCGCAUAACAUCCGCACGGCCGAACAACUGCUCCAGAAACUGCAGGCGCAGUCGACGGGCGCCGGGAUGAGCGUGCGCGAGCUGCGUGAAGGCUGGCCCAACGUCGAGGAGACAAUCAACCGAUUGGAGAAGGAAGGGAAGCUUCUAGUCACCCGGAACAAGAAGGACGACCAUGCCAAGAUGGUUUGGGCCAACGACCCGUCACUCAACCAGCACUUCGACGAGGAGUUCCGCCAAAUCUGGGAGAAGAUCAAGGUCCCUGAUCCGCAGGCUGUCAAGGAAGAGCUGGAGAAGGCGGGUAUCACCCCCACCAACAAGAACAAGGUUGUCAAGGCGCGUCCCAAGGUCGAGCAGAAGAAGGUCAAGAAACCUCGUCGCAGCGGGAAGACGACUAAUACUCAUAUGAUGGGCAUUUUGAGGGACUACUCUCAUCUAAAACGCUAG